AUGUGGAUGCUAGUUGUGCUCCUAUGGGUUGUAAAUAACACUAAUUUGCUCCUCGGACAAGACUACACAGACUACUACCAAACUGGGGACACGGGCACAGAGGCUCCAGUACUGUCAGACGGCCGACUGAGUUUAGAGACGGCGACCAGUGUGGACCAGCUGUUAGAACUACUCUACCCAGAAUACAGUUUACUUCAGCACUGCGUGAGGAAGAGGUCACGGCCCGCUUCUUUCCCUUCCGCUGCCGUCACCACCACCUCCUCUUCCUCCUCCUCCCUCGCCCAGUCAUUCUAUCACCCUGGCGAUGAAGGAGAUCUCUGGGGCAGGCCAAGGCUGGGGGCUCUCUACAAGGCCGACGGAGCGUUUGAAGUCAUCCUAGAUGAGGUCCAGCGAACCAUGUGUCGGCCAAGAGAAGUGUGCGUCGAGGUCUCCAAAGAAUACCCAGAAUCCACCAAUCAGUUAUACCUGCCUCGCUGCGUGUCACUACAUCGGUGCGGUGGAUGCUGCAACAACGAAGCCCUGUAUUGCACCAAUACAAGUCACACACUCGUCAGCAAGACACUGGUGGAAUUGUCUCCGCCCAAGGUGGAUCGCACUUUUGUCACAGUAACCUUCGUCAACCACACCUCCUGUGAGUGCCAGUCCAAACGGCCGCUCCACUCCAUCAUAAGACGGGCCGCAACAGAACACCUAUGUUCCCCUCCCCAGGUUCCCUGUUCGCCGGGGCAAUUAUGGGAUGCAGUCAGCUGUCAGUGUGUCCCUGCCGACAGCAGCAAGUACUCUGCAAGAGAGUUGGAGGUGUUGGACUCGGGACUGCUGGCUCUUUGUGGGCCUAACAGGAUCUUGGAGGAGUCUACCUGUGAUUGUGUCUGUCGCAACGGGCUGACCGAAGCCAGCUGCGAUCCGGGCUGGAGACUAGAUCAAAACACCUGUGAAUGCCAGUGUGAGGGUCAGGGCCAAGGGAGGUCGUGUCCUCAUGGCCAGCGGUGGGACGAGCAGCUCUGCGGGUGUGUGUGUGAGGCGGACUGUCCCGGUAACCAGCCCCUCAACCCCAACACCUGCCAGUGUCAAUGCAGAGAGAGUCCACAGUCCUGUCUGCUGCAAGGCAAGAAAUUCAACCCCAACACCUGCAGUUGUUACAGGUUACCUUGCAGGAACCCUGUGCGAUUGUGUCAGGCCGAAUUCUACUACAGCCAGCAGGUCUGCCAGUGCAUUCCCAAAUACAUGAGGCCUAAAUGGAAUUAACCAGUCACAGGAGGAAGGAGGCUUUGAACUGAAUUUCACUGGACUGCAGAUGGCAAACUGUGGCCAUCACAGCAUCCACAAUGUGGUGCUUCUGUUCAAGCACAGAAAAUGUUUGGCACAGUUGCACAAAGUGCGUCAGCUAGUCUCAAGAAGGCAGGAAAAGUCUUAACUAUCGGCAAAGUUUUAAUGGACCGCAAGCAUAAAAAAGGGGGUUACAAUAACAAUGGUGGUGUUCUGGCUGUCUUCUACUGCUAAAGCAAGAAACCUCUGGACCCAACUGCCCAAUCGUGGGAAAGCAGGACAGUGCUUUGUAAAACCAAAAAAGACCAAUGUCGUCACAAAUGAGGAAGGGCAGAAGUAAACUCCGACAUUACUGCAGAACUUAAACUGCAGCUAUCACAAUGCUAUGAUGAUCAAAUGGAUACUGGGGGAUUGGGCAGAAUGGCCAUAUUACAGGACGGGAAUAGGGCAGGAGAGAAACCAAAAUCAAAUUAUGCAACAUUACCAUGGAGCAACCUUGGCUAAAAGGAGGAAGUGAUGGAUGGCAUUUCAGUCUCUGGGACAAGUUGGAGUCCAGCCAGUCUGCACCUCUCAAGUGGGUAGACCAAGAUCUUAACAGAGAGAGAAAACUACACUGGUUAUUUACAUAGGCUGAACUGUAAAAGCCUUACCAAGCACGAUCACAGCAGGGCACCAUUCAAAAGCAUGAGGACUGCAUAGGAUGGACCAAUGGCAGACUUGCUCCUUGUCGUUUCCAGUGUCCGUCCCAACUAUAAUGUCAUUGAAAAACGUCUCAAACCUCCGGGGCCACCACUUGUUCUUCACUGGGGAACCAUGAAAUAAUUAUUUAUGUGAAUAGAAUAGAGAUUAGACAAUGCAGUAUCAGCCUGCUGUUAACUGUCUCAACUUUUUGUUCAGCAUUUUGUGCUAACAUGGUUUAAAAAAAAAGAAUGUGUUAUAAAGAUGUUUUUAAAUACUGCCCUUUUGAGCAGUGUUGGCUGAACAUACAAAAUACACUUUAUAUAAUGUUGGGCCAGUGAGAAAAAUUAAAUUACACUUUAUAAUAACGACAUUAACUGAGUUGCUUAUAAAUGUCUUAUAAUUCCCACUUAGUAACACUAGGUGGCAGCACCUCUGCCUGUUAAUUUUGGUGUCACCCAGGUUUCAGUCCUAGGUCCCCGGCUAUUUUUACUCCACACAAUCUUCCACGGGUGAUAUUAUCUGUACAUAUUUAAAAAAAUUUCAAACAUAUUUAAAAUUUUAUAAUGUCAAAGAUGCAAUCAUAUGUAAUUGUAAGAUACUUUACAGUGAAGUAUUUGACAAAAUCUUUGAAUUUCUUUUUUAAUCCAAAAUUGAUGUAUAGCAUUUUGGGAUGAAGCGCUUCACCUGUUCUUGUAAGUCCACUUUUUAGAAUAAAAAUGAAAUAGAAAAAAGUGGAUGUGUAGUGUCUCCCUGUGUAGCUUGCCGUUCAGUUUUUUUUUCUUCUUGUUCCUGUCUAUAUUAUCUUCGUAGUACACUUAUUUUUGUGUUAAGGACUGAACAGAAAUCUGACUGUAUAAUUUAUUGGGGGAAUAAGGAUGAUUCUUGCUACUGAAUCAUUAACUUUUUAAGAUACUGUUAUUAGCUUUUUUUGUCAUUUCCCCUUGUAGUUUUUUUUCUUCACUGUGAUGGUGCGGUACUGCUAACUGGGAAAAACAGCUUCCAAAGAAAAUGUGUUUUCUAAUAUUUUAUGACAGCAUUAGGUUGAAUGUUGAUUUACUGGUAUUGAUAUUUUAAGUGUCAUAUUAUUAUGGCGCAUUCUUUAAAAGUAUUUUGGGACAGCGUUACCUUGUCGCAAAAUUAAAAACAGCUAUCUGGAGUAUCAAAUGCAGUGGUCAAAGUAUCGAACACGAUAUUUUAAAUGCAUUAAAGCAUGUCUGCUUUCCUCAACAUAAUAAUGACCGGAUUUUACAUCAGCCCCCCCCGUGAAAAUCUUCCUUUCAAAGGUGUAACUGUGUGUUACCAGACAGCUAAGAAAGCAUGACAAAGGUGUUGCUAAGAUGUUCAGACCACAUCUCAAAAUGACAAAGAGGAAUCCAUUGAAAACAAGCUUUCAACACACCCACACACCUGUGGAUAAACAAGACUCUUCUCGCUUUCUCUCGCCAUCUGUAUCUGACACAGUAUACAAUGAGUUCAUGUGAAAAAUAA